UGUGAACUGGGUGAACUACUUAUCAUUGCAGAGCUCUAAGGAUAAAAUUACUAGAAAGUGCAAAGGAGCCAAAAUAUUCAAAAUGUCUCAAUCCUCGAAAAAGCGUUCAGAAAAAAAAGUGGACACUAUUCGAGCUUUUAGUGCCGUUUAUUCUUCGUUGAAGUUUCAAGGAAUGUUUGUUACAGAAAACUACCACCUGCGUUAUAGGAUAUUCGCUGUAACCAAUUAUAUUCUUAUCAAUAUCUUUUACUAUUCCUCGUUUAUUAUCGAAUUAUUCUACGUGCAGGACCUAAAGCAGCUUUUAGAAAACCUGCCUAUGAACAUUUGCCUAACCGCCUGCUCCUCGAAAUUCUUCGUAAUCCUCAGGUUACGACCCAGCCUCAUCGAAAUCAAUAAGCAAUUGAAACUGCUGGAUGAUAAACCUAUGACAAACAAACAGAAAGAAAAAUUGGAAUUGACGAUCACCAUUUUUAGACUCCUUUCAGUGAGUGUUAUUACAUUCUAUUGUGCUGUGAAUUUGGCUUACGGCAUGGCUGGCGCUGCAUCGCAUGGUACAAAACUUGGCCAUGAAACCUGGUUCCCCUAUAAUUGGAGGAACAAUUCCUUCCGUUUCUGGGUUUCGCUGACCAUACAGACUACAUGUCAGCUCCAACUCGGAUUAGAACAAGUAGCAAAUGAUUUAGUGGGAGCCUUAUACCUUGGUGUACUGAGCGCUCAUUUGCAGAUAAUACUGGAACGGUUUGCAAAUCUUCAUUAUGAUCCAAGGAAAACUGAAAAGGAAAGUAUGCUGGAGUUUGUUCAGUUCUUGGAGCAUCAUCGCAUUGUGAUGGGGAUCUUUGAUAUCAUUCAAAACAGCGUCUCCUAUAUAAUCCUUUUCCAAUUCGUUGCAUCUAUUUUCGUAUUUUCUACGUCAGGACUGGCUUAUCUACGGUUUCCCCGUACACUAGCUGAAACCGCAGCAAUUGCUGUAUUAAUGAUAGCUGAAAUUAUAGAAAUCUAUCCAUCAUGCUAUUAUGCAAGUAAAUUUACGGCAGUAACGGAUCGAACGGUCUUCAUGCUUUAUUCGUCAAAUUGGAUGGACUUGUCACCGAAAUUCCGGAAGCACAUUGUGAUAUUUAUGGAGAUGACUCAAGAGGAAAAAAUUAUCUUGGCUGGAAAGCAAAUACCGAUAACAUUGGCUACCUUUAUGUCUGUAAUGAAAGCUAUGUACACAAUGCUAAUGAUUAUGAAGCCGGAUAGAGUUUAAGGAUACAAACAAGCAAAGUGAAUUAUUUUAUGUAGGAUCAACACUACAAGUUAUGUAGCCGUAGUGAAACACAUGUUACAAAACGGAUUAAUAUCAUAGAUUAACUAAUUAAUAAAUAAAACUCGUUUAAUGAUUUGCCAA